AUGCCCUCUUGUACAGCAGGCAACAACAGCUUGAGCUGCAACAGUAGUACAACAACAACCACGAACGAAGCCUCACCUCGACAACACAAUGUGAUACCUUCAGCAAACUAUAAUAGUAGUAGGUCCAAGUUGACUAUUGUUUCCUCUCUCACACAACAAUUAACUCUUCCAUUGAAUGGUAUUAUUGGAAAUAUUUCGAAUAAUGGGCAUAAUGAACACGAUGGAGUGAAUAAGGAACAUUCUCAAACAAAAACAACAACUACAACAGUGAACAAUACUUCUAAUAAUAAUAAUAAUAAUAAUCAACAUUCAAUUGUUGAUGAUCAUCAACAAAAUAAUCAACCACAACAACCGAAGGAACAUCAAAAUAGAGAUUUUACAAAAUUAGGACUAAGAAUAUCAAUGGACAAAGUUAAUGGAUGUGAUAAUGCUGCCGAUGAUGAGGUUGCCAAUGUAAAUAGUUUUAAACAAAGCCAUGUAAUUCCGAUUGGACAAUCGGAUAAUGAUUCGAAAUUUUUUGGAUCACCAUCACAAUCACUCUUUGUCUACUCUGAUUCUACUGUUUGUGAGUCGUACAGUAAGAGAUUAUUGAGUAUUAAAUCACCUAGAUAUGGAUCGGAUUUUAAAAUUACAGAGGAGGGAAUCAAAAUCAAGGGAAUGAGUGUAUUGGAGUAUAGAAAGUUUUGCCAACCAGAAUCAGUUUCAGUUCCAGUUGGCGAUAAUAAUGUUGUUUCCUCAUCGACUACGGUAGCAACAUCUCCUUCCGUUAAUUUUCCUCUCAAUUUCAAUGUAUAUAGUGUUGAUGAGUUUCACAACUUUCCAAUGAAAGAGCUUGGAAAUGGUUCAUUUGGAAGUGUAUAUAGAGUAGCAAUUGCUAAUCCAAAAACCAAUGAAAAACUCUUUUUUGCAGAGAAGCGAGUAACAGACACCUCGCAAAAACAAUUGGAUUUAAUAUUUAAGGAGGUGAAGACUAUUUUCGAGUGUGAUUCACCUUACCUUGUUAAGUUACACGAAUUUGAAGUUAAUUAUUUGAAUUUGUUACCAAUUAUUAAAAAAGUGAUUAUGGAUUUCAUGUCACUAGGAUCCCUCCACAAAAUGUAUACAAAUUACAAGAAAUAUCUAGCUCAAGUAGAAAAGAAGAACUACUCAAUGCCAGAGCCUGUAAUUAGUGUUAUUAUCAGUAAGACAUUGAAAGGUUUGAUUUAUUUGCAUGUUAAAAAACAUAUCAUUCACAGAGAUUUGAAACCAGCAAAUAUAUUAAUUGAUGACAAGGGAUAUGUCAAAAUUUCAGAUUUUGGACUUGUUGGAAUUAAAGAAGGAAGUGAAUAUUCUAAAAAGUCCCACGACACAGCUCUUACUAUAUGGGAUACAUUUACAGGAUCUGUUACUUAUAUGAGUCCAGAAAGAUUGAAUAAUGAAUCUUACAGUUAUAACAGUGACAUUUGGUCAAUUGGUAUUAUUACAGUGGAACUUUUCCUUGGACAUCAUCCACUUUCGAAUGAGAACUUUUUCAGUUUGGGAUCCAUGACAAGGGAGGAAAUUCAUGAUCAAUGCAUUAAAAAAAUUAGGGAUGCUGGUGCUAGCGAAGAUUUGUGCUCCUUCAUUGAUACAUGCUUAUUGAAAUAUAAGGAUUUAGGUGAGAGACCUGAUAUUAAUGGUAUCAUUCUUAAACAUCCCUUCAUUAAGAAUCAUGAACAGUUCCAAUUUAGAAAUUGGAUAAAGAAUGAAUACAUUUCCAAGUUGUACCAAAAAUCUUCCCAAAAUAAGAAUUAA